ACUUCUGCAGUUUUUUACGAACGUGGAUGAAAAGUUCUUUUGGGAAGAGCUAAAUAUUUAUUCCAAGUAAACUAUUCUUGUGAAAGUUGUCAAAAUAUAACCCAAGAUGACGCUGAACCCUUUGGCUAAUCCUAAAGGAGUCAAACUUCUUUGCGAACUGUGCCAAAAGCCAGCGUUUGUUCAGUGCACGAAAUGUAGAGUGACAUAUUACUGUGGUGUGGAGCACCAGCAGGCAGACUGGGUCGGAAUCCACGAAAAGAUUUGCCAGCUCCUCAUUCCCCUCCGGACUCCACAUCUAUCUUUUCUCUCGUCUGAAGAACAACGCAAGAAGAGGGAGCAGGACCUAGUUCAUAGACAGAGGAACAUGAUUGACCUGACCAGGACCACAGGUCAGAAACUUCUCUUCGAGGGUAAACAUGAGCAAGCUGUCCCGGCAGCCAUGCAGUCUCUGCGCUUCAGUAUUGACAUCCAUGGAUUGGAUAGCAUCGAACUGGUACCCUCAUAUCUCAUCCUAGCCGAGGCAAGCAUUGGUUUACACAAGCUAUCCCAAGGCGAGGAGUACCUCGCUCAAGCCCAGUGGACAGUCCUCAAGACACCAGACUGCAGCUCGGCAAUCAAGUCUAAGCUUGCACGUAAUCUGGGUUUGCUGUAUGCAGCGCAGGGCAAUUAUGAGGAGUCUCUGAGACACUUAGCCGAUGAUAUCUUCCAUGCCUCUGAAGAAUUUGGGACCGAUGAUAUUCGAACAUCCGGCGGAUAUUUCCACAUGGCUAACGUCUUCUUCCGUCAGAACCACAUGGACGUUGCAGACUCGCUGUACACGAGAGUGACUGCCAUUUGGCACAGUCAUCUCUUGAGGAUUGUGACGGCUAGAACGAGAAAGAAUGAUACCCAGAGUGGAAUGUCAUCAGCUGUUGUGGAGUUGGAAGAACGCGUAGUUGAAUCUCUAGAUGAGGCUCAAGAAGCAGAAGCCAAGCAAGUGUUACAUUCAAUCCAUGACAUCAGAGAGCAGGUGACCAAUCAGGAUGCAGCUGCCAUGGCAACCGUUGGCCACGCCCUUGCUAUGCUGUAUUACCUAUUGGACGACAUUCACAAGGCAACAGAGCUGGGGCAGAAGGCACAAACCUCAAGCGACUCAAGAGAGCACAAAGACGAUGAACUUGCUGCUUGCAUUAUCGAGUUCAACAGUGCCCUUUAUCAGCUACCGAAUAAAAUGAACCUCAUGCCAGCAGAAUAUAGCUAGUGCGAUGUUGUCCGCCCCAACCCCCUGAAUUAGUUUUGUUCCCCACCCCAAACGAAGACCGCAAGAAAUAAAAAUGCAUUAUUGCAAUAAUGUCGACAGGUUUUUCAGGCAUUAGUGGGGGAUGAUAAAUAGCCCACCCUAUAAAAAUAAUGGAAGAGACCUUCCUACUUCUUUCUAUAAAAAUGCAACUUGAAGUGUGACUAAAUAAUGUAUUCCGUCCAAUAAUGCAGACAGGUUUUGCAGGCAUAAGUGGAGAAGAUAAACAGCCCCCCCCCCCUAUACAAAUAAUGGAAGAGUCCUUCCUUCUAUGUACAUUGUCAAAGUGCCUAUCCCAGACCUCUCACCUGUCUGUCCCACUGGCCAAUAAAAUGAAACUUAUAACUCCAUUAUUUUUAUUUUUUGAAACACUUCACCAUACAACUGUUUUUCUAAACUGGAAAUUCUGAAUAUGCACAAAAUAUAUUUGACCAUUUCAUAUUAAUUUUAUUCUCUCAGACCUGGUGUUGAUAAUUUAUUUACAAAAUCAAUUUAAACUUAACAAUUAGUGUUGUGUUACCUUUUUAAUGUGCCUAUUGUUUUUAUUGUAUAGAUUGUAAAUAACCAUUUUUUACUUCUAUAAUACUAUUUUGUGUUCAGAUUGAUCUAUUUAUGGAAUAAUAUGUUUCAUUCAAGUUAUGUUAAUGGGACAAUAAAUAAAGAUCAAUAAUUAAAAAGUAUA